CUUGAAUCUCAAAUAACAGACAAGUCUCAUUUCUUUCAUAGAAGUCAACAAAACAAGUGAAUAACUAUUUUUCUAAAUAUUUAUUUUAAAAUUUUUGUAGUACUUCACAUUUUGAGCUAGUGAUGUCGUCCUGGGGAGCGCGUCCCAAAAAACCCAUGAGUUCCUAUCUGAUGUGGAUGAAUUCUUCCGGGCGUGAGCAUAUCAAGUCGGAGCAGCCAAACUUAACCAUUGCAGAAGUGGCUGUGAAGGGCGGUGAAUUGUGGCGCAACAUGACGAUUGAAGAUAAGACCAUAUGGCAGGAAUCUGCUUCCGUAGCCAUGGUAAAAUAUAAGGACGACUUGGAACAGUGGAAGCACCAAGAGGGAUUGGAACGUAGCUAUAGCCAAUGUGGAGAUGGAAUUAAAGAUCGUUCGCCUCAAUUUCUGGAUAGCUCGUCCCUUGUUUUUAGCGACACGAAGAAUCAGACUUCUUCGAGCUGCACAGCGCGUCCCAAGAAACCCAUGAGUUCCUAUCUGAUGUGGAUGAAUUCUUGCGGCCGUAAGCAAAUAAAAUCCGAGCAGCCAGAUUUAGGCUUCAAAGAAGUGGCUGUGAAGGGCGGUGAAUUGUGGCACAGUAUGUCGGCCGAAGAUAAGUCUGUCUGGCAGGAGGCGGCCACUACAGCGAUGGCAAAAUAUAAGGAGGUGGUGAAGCUGCAGAAGAGCCAGGAAGCGUUGGAACUUAAUAACCAAUUCGGUGGUAACGUGAAUGGAGAUGAAGAUCCAUUAUUACAGUCCACACUCUUUGUGUACGACUCCACAGAUAAGUGUUUUUAUCCAAUCUGCAAGGACUGUUUCCAAAAAUGUCAGUGUUCUCAUUAGAGGCUUUUUAGUAUUUGUACACUUAUAAAUGAUGAACUAAAAUAAAAAAAGGGUUAAGCCCAUAUUCCG